UUAAUUAUGACCACUAGUUUUUAAAUCACGUGAUUCCGUCCUUUUAGACCUUGAGCUCGCCAUUUUGGAAAAAUGUUUAAACAAUUAUUAGAAGCUUCGAAAAACAAUCCAUUUCACGCAAGAUGCGAAUCCAAGACCGGCCGAUCGAUUUCUGAUGCUUCUACCGAAGUUGGUGAAAGUUGUGAAUAUGGAUCAUUGAAAUAUUAUGCACUCUGUGGAUUUGGUGGUGUAUUGAGUUGUGGUAUCACUCAUACAGCUGUUGUCCCACUAGAUUUAGUAAAAUGUCGUAUUCAGACAAAUCCUGCUAAGUACAAAAGUAUUUUUAAUGGAUUUUCGGUAACUGUACAAGAAGAUGGAGCCAGGGGCCUUGUUAAAGGUUGGGCACCAACAGCUAUAGGUUAUUCUAUGCAAGGUUUAGGAAAAUUUGGAUUUUAUGAAGUCUUCAAAAUUUUAUACGGUGGACUACUUGGAGAGGAAUUAAGUUAUACAUGGAGAACAUCACUCUAUUUAGCAGCAAGUGCUUCUGCAGAAUUUUUUGCUGAUAUUGCUCUUUGUCCUAUGGAAGCUGUUAAAGUACGUAUUCAAACUCAACCUGGAUGCCCACCAAUGCUUAGAGUAGUAGCUCCAAUGAUUUGGAAAGAUGAAGGCUUGACAGGUUUUUAUAAAGGAAUUACGCCAUUGUGGAUGAGACAAAUCCCAUAUACUAUGAUGAAAUUUGCCUGCUUUGAACGAACUGUUGAAUUGUUAUAUAAGCAUGUUGUUCCUAAACCUCGUGACCAAUGCAGUAAACCUGAACAACUUGUAGUUACAUUUGCAGCUGGUUAUAUUGCUGGUGUAUUCUGUGCUAUUGUAUCACAUCCAGCUGAUACUGUUGUUUCUAAAUUGAAUCAAGAGAAAGGAAGCACUGCAGUUGAGGCAGCAAAGAAAUUGGGAUGGAAAGGUCUUUGGAAAGGUUUGACACCAAGAAUUAUUAUGAUUGGUACCUUGACUGCACUACAGUGGUUCAUUUACGAUGCUGUAAAAGUUUGGCUGAGACUCCCUCGACCCCCACCACCUGAGAUGCCUGAAAGUCUCAAAAAGAAAUUACAAGAGAAACAAAAAUAAAUUAAAUUUAAAUUUAAAAGCAUUUUGUCUUCCUGAUUUUGUUUUUGCUCCCAAAUCAGAUUCUGUUUAUAGAGAAGGUAAAUGGGUUAUGUUCCAUUUUACCUUGUUCAAGUUGCAUUCCUUUUUUUAGUCAACACUAUAGUAUUUAAACUGGAAAAUUUUUCACACUCAAGUAUUAUUUGGCAUUGAUUGUUGUGAGGGAGCAAUAAGAAAUCGUAGGCAAAUAUGUACAAAUUGAUGCUAGAUGAAGAUAAUGGAAAUGUAGUGAAAUGAAGAAUGUAAUAAAUUAUGUAAAAUUUCUAAAA